ACAGGGAGGCGACGUCGAGCUGCUGCUGCUGUUGUUGCUGCUGUUGUUGUUGUUGUUGUUGUGUAGAGACCGUUACAGCAGAAACAUGAUGUGGAAGGUUCUGGUCCCUCUUCUCGCGGCGGUUUUCGCCGUCGGGUCAGCAAACAUGCUAGUAGGGGGGCUAGUAGGGGGGUUUUCAGACAUAGAUGCCAAUGACCAAGAUGCGCAAAAUGCCCUCCAGUUUGCCGUCGUCAAACACAACCAAGGGAGCAACGACAUGUACCUCAGCCAAGUGGCAGAAGUGGUCAAGGUUCAGAGACAGGUGGUGGCUGGCUUCAAGUACAUGAUAACCGUGAGAAUGGCGAAGACCCCCUGCAGAAAGGGCGUAGCAAUCGAAGUUUGUGACAUCCACCAAGACCAACAAGCGGCCCAGCCUUACUUGUGCACAUUCACCGUGUGGAGCCGCCCGUGGAUGAAUAACAUCGAGUUGUUAAAGCAGACUUGCUAGAAAGAGACCUACGUGGGAAAUCAUUAUUGUUGGCAUUGUUUGCAGAAUGACCUUCAUAUGGAGCAAUAUGUAUGUUCCUGUAGUUGAAGCCCAAAAUAAUAACCUCUUGAAAGUCAGUGUUACAGAAUUUCAGAAUAGCUUCUAGUAUAGCAUUGUAGAGAUCCACUAACCUUUAGAGGAGCACCUUUGUAAUGCACAAUCACAUAACCAAGCAAAUAACAAAUAAUGAUGUACUGAAUUGUUGAUAAGGCUAUUAAAAACCACAGGCUGUUUUUACAUGAAAUGAAUUAAAGUACCAUGUGAACUUAAA